AUGUCUUCGUCCAAGAGAAUCACCAAGGAGCUAAACGACUGCCUCACCUCCCCACCCCCCUCCAUCACCAUCACCCUCCCCUCGGAAUCCAACAUCUCCCUCUGGCACAUCACCCUCACCGCACCCCCAGAAUCAAUCUACUCCGGCGGCAAAUUCGGCCUGAUUGUGCAAUUUCCCCCAGAAUACCCUUUCAAACCUCCCACCAUCACCUUCGCAACCCGCAUCUACCACCCCAACAUCACCAACGAGACAAACGGCUCUAUCUGCCUUUCGUUGCUCAAAACAGACAAUUGGAAGCCGUCAACCAAGAUUGUCACUGUGCUGGAGGCAAUUAGACAACUGCUUGUCGAGCCGCAGCCGGAUGACCCAUUGGAAACAAGAAUCGCGGAGCAGUACAAGAAUGAGAGGAAGGAGUUCGAGAAGGAGGCGAGGGCGUAUGUGGGGAGGUAUGCCAAGGGGCCGGUGCAGUUUGGCACCGAGGCGGGGGCGGCGACGACUGGGGGGGAGGGACAACAGCAGCAACAACAGGUGUCUUAG